CUUGUGCAAGCCUAGACUAGGAUAGAAGGUAAGCACCUCAGCUCAAAGUCAAGAUGCUCUUUAGAGCAGAUGGACCAAGCAGGUGGAGGUGUUGGGGGUUCAUUCCUGACGUGCUUCUGAGCUGGGUUUUGCAGAUGGAGUCUGAGGUAACCUGGGAUACCUCCAUAUUCCACUUCAUGCACACCCCAAUACUGCCUACAGCUGUUGACCUGCUCAUCUCUCUACUAUGGUGGAAUCUGGCCCUUUCUCCUAAUUGGAAGAACUGGAGACCUCAGUACUAGCCCAGAGCUGGAGACACCAGAGAUCAGGCAUCAAGGAAGAGAGGGAGACAGAGCCACACAGGGGAAUGACUGCUAGGUCAUGAGCAAUUUGAACUAUAGCAGAGACUGGUUAACAGGAGCCAGGACAAGGCCAGCUGGGGCGGGGGGCAUCCCAGUUCCCAACUAGGACCCUGAUUAGCUCAGGCCAGCUCAGGACCAUGGAGAGUUCCAUAGGAACGUCUGUCAUCCCAGUGACACCUGUCAAGUGUUUGGCUGGGCUCUUGAGCAUGAACUUGGUUACAUCCUGCAGAGGGUACUAGCCAGACUCAAGCUGAGCCUGACUCUGAGGUCAUGGCAGGGUCAUUAUGAUGGCUAAUUUUGGGUGUUAGCCUAAUAGGAUGAAGAAACACUUGGCCAUGCAUGACUUCCGAGUGCCUAGAGGCUGUCUCUGGAGGAGAGAGGUGACGUAGAAAGGUCUGCCAUCAGCAUGGCAGAUAGUGUUCCAUGGAAUGGGGUCCUGGAGCAAGCAAAAAGCCAGAGAGCGAAUUCCUCUCUCCCAGGACUGCCCUUGGACACCAGAACCCUAGACUCUCUGGCUUUGGGACUCCAGCGCUCACUCCAGCCGCCCUUGAACUCUCCAGCUUUCAGCCUUGGACUGGGAAUCACACCAGGUUUCCCUGGUUCUGAGGCCUUUAGGCUUGGACUGGACCGCACAGCUGCCUAGUAAGGGUCUCUCUCUAUCUGGCAGAGGCCCGCCAUUGCACCGAUGAACCUCCAAAAUCACGACGAAGAUGAGACGCUACAAGCUCUUUCUCAUGUUCUGUAUGGCCGGCCUGUGCCUCAUCUCCUUCCUCCACUUCUUCAAGACCUUAUCCUAUGUCACCUUCCCCAGAGAACUGGCCUCCCUCAGCCCUAACCUCGUAUCCAGCUUCUUCUGGAACAAUGCCCCUGUCACUCCCCAGGCCAGUCCGGAGCCGGGUGGCGCCGACCUGUUGCGGACCCCACUCUACUCCCACUCCCCCUUGCUCCAGCCACUGUCCCCCAGCAAGGCCACCGAGGAACUGCACCGAGUGGACUUCUUCUUGUCGGAGGACACCACUGAAUAUUUUGUGCGCACCAAAGCCGGUGGCGUCUGCUUCAAACCAGGCACCAAGAUGCUGGAGAAACCUUCUUCAGGGCGCACGGAGGAGAAGCCCGAGGCGGCUGAGGGGUCCUCGGCCCGCGGCCCUGCUCGGAGGCCCAUGCGGCACGUGUUGAAUGCGCGAGAGCGGCCGGGUAGCCGGGGCACUAGGCGCAAGUGGGUUGAGUGUGUGUGCCUGCCAGGCUGGCACGGGCCCAGCUGCGGGGUGCCCACGGUGGUGCAGUAUUCCAACCUGCCCACCAAGGAGCGCCUGGUACCCAGGGAGGUGCCGAGGCGGGUUAUCAAUGCCAUCAACAUCAACCACGAGUUUGACCUGCUGGAUGUGCGUUUCCACGAGCUGGGCGAUGUGGUGGACGCCUUCGUGGUGUGCGAGUCCAACUUCACCGCCUACGGGGAGCCGCGGCCGCUCAAGUUCCGAGAGAUGCUGACCAAUGGCACCUUCGAGUACAUCCGCCACAAGGUGCUCUACGUCUUUCUGGACCACUUCCCACCCGGUGGCCGGCAGGACGGCUGGAUCGCAGACGACUACCUGCGCACCUUCCUCACCCAGGAUGGUGUCUCCCGCUUGCGCAACCUGCGGCCUGAUGAUGUCUUCAUCAUCAACGACGCAGACGAGAUCCCAGCGCGUGAUGGUGUGCUAUUUCUCAAACUCUACGACGGCUGGACCGAGCCCUUUGCCUUCCAUAUGCGCAAGUCCCUGUACGGCUUCUUCUGGAAGCAACCGGGCACGCUGGAGGUGGUGUCGGGCUGCACUGUGGACAUGUUGCAGGCCGUGUAUGGACUGGAUGGCAUCCGCCUGCGCCGCCGCCAAUACUACACUAUGCCCAACUUCCGACAGUAUGAGAACCGCACGGGCCACAUCCUAGUGCAGUGGUCCCUUGGCAGUCCCCUGCACUUUGCGGGCUGGCAUUGCUCCUGGUGCUUCACGCCUGAGGGCAUCUAUUUCAAGCUUGUGUCGGCUCAGAAUGGCGACUUCCCACGCUGGGGGGACUAUGAGGACAAGAGGGACCUCAAUUACAUCCGCAGCUUGAUUCGCACCGGGGGCUGGUUCGACGGCACACAGCAGGAGUACCCUCCCGCAGACCCCAGUGAGCACAUGUAUGCUCCCAAAUACCUGCUCAAGAACUAUGACCAGUUCCGCUACCUGCUGGACAACCCAUACCGGGAGCCAAAAAGCACUGUGGAGGGUGGGCGCCGGAACCCGGGCUCCGAGGGAAGGUCACCUGCUGCCAGGGGCAAGUUGGAUGCAGUGGAGGGUUAGGGCUGGGAAGGCUGGGGUGAUGGCUACCCCAGUUUUAUCUUUGGCCUCCUCAUAUCCCUGGGGGCUCUUGAGAGAGCCAGGAGUCAUGGUAGGUGGUUCUCUCUGCUCAAGUCCCCUGGAAUUAAGGGUCAGGCCUUUUAGCCCAAAACAGAAAAGAAAAAAAUCUUUUCCAGUAGAGAAGAGCAAGCCCACACAUCUAUGCAGCAUUUUGUCCCCAAGAGUGCUGUGGGCAAGAAGUGUCCCUGGAGAGCAUAAGGUGGUUUUCUGGGGCUGCCGUGGAAAGGGGGGUAUGCCAUGCCAGGAGUUCCCAGGACACUGUAAAUAAAUGCCUUUGGGUCCAGGAGCAAGAAGAGCCACUUUGCAGGGAGGGACUGAAAAGUGUAUCUGCUCUUGGUCUCGGCCAAGAAGCCAGGAGAGCCAGGAGAGCAAUGGAAAAUGGCACCCAGGAGAGAGAGCUCUUUGCAGCUUCCUCAAAAGUGCUGGACCCAAGGAGUGAGGUCACUGCUGGCUGGGAGGAUGGAGCCAGUGGCUGUGGGUGCCCCUGCCUCUGUAAGCAGACCUGCUGGGGGCCUGAGGAACCUUCCUCUCAGUUCCAAAUCUAGCCUUGAUGGCUCUUUCGCUUUUCCUAUUGCUGUUUCAUGGGAUGCCAGCUCAGCGGCUUGCAAAGGACUCCAGGAGUCCAGUUCUCAGGGUGGGACAGGAGCUGGAGACUGUAUGGACAGCCAGUAGAGGAGGUGGGACAAGAAAGGGAGACUGACAGAGGCCCCCCCCUCUCCCUCCCUCCCUCCUUCCCUCCCUCUCCCCCCCCCAUCACUCUGCUGGCAUCCAGUCCCAUUCUACCACCAUCCCAGGUGCAGACAUUCCUGUGCCCCGCCCCCACCCACCCCCAGAGUAGGCUAGGGGCCAAGGAAGGGGCCACACUGUUUUCUGGGGCCCAAGAAAGGGCCUUAAGGUCAGUGAUAUGUCAGCCCAUUCCUCAUGAUUUGCCUUGUGGGGGCCCAGGAUGUAUUUGUUGGAGAAGAUUCUGAGAUCAUGUAGAAGCCCCUCCUCGGUAAACAGCGGUCAAGUAAGACCAGCUUGUUUUUAAUUCAGUAGUCUAGGGGGUGAUGGUCCAGAGCCUGUAAGAUGGACAGCUUAGCUUCAUACACAACUUCCAGGUCUGGGAUAGAGUGGCUGCUUCCGCUCACAUGAAAAGACAAGGAAGUGUGAACUCUUUCCUGUGAAGGGCCGGAGGCAGAUAUGUCUGUUGUUUCUGAUAGCAUCUUACUGGUCCGGACUUAGCUGCAUGGCCACAGGUAGUUGCAAGGGGAACUGGGAAAUGUAGUUUUGAGCAGGGCUGCUAUGUGCCUGCCUCCGUUUGAGAGUUCUGUCUUACCAGCAGCACCUUUGUGGGAGGGGUGCAAAUGGUUGCUCAUCACGGGACCCUGCUCUCUCCCGCCUGCCCCACGGUUGAGGCACAGUCGGGACUUGCAGGUGUAUGGGAAGAGUGGGUGGCCUCUCCCUGAGGCCCCUGACAUUCCCUUGAUGCCAAUUUGCAGGGCUAUCUGUGGAAUGGUCCGUGUUUGUGCGUGUGUGUAUAUUUAUGGGCAUGGGUGCAUGCUUGGUGUGUAUUGUACAUGUCUGUAUCCAUGUGUCCCUGUACUAAGAUGAUGCUCACGUGUGUGUGUAGGAGUAUAGGCUUGGCUGUCCUCUUCCCUAGGACCUGGAGCCUAUAUAGUCUUGUCUCCUGUGGCUCCUCAAGAUGCCUGAGGCAGGAAGUCCUUGGGGGACCUUGAAAGCAGGGCUAAAGGGAGUACAGGGUCUGUCUGUCUGUCUGUCUGUUUUUCAGACUGAGGAAUGGAAUCUUGCUAGCUAGAGGACUAUGCAGCUGGGAGCCCACCACCCCCUCAGCCUCUCUUCGCCCACUGAUACCCCAGCACCUCCUGGAUGAUCUCAUAUUGGAGGCUUCCUGAGGGGUUUCUUCUGAUUCAGCUCUGUCUGGAGCCGUUUACCAGGCGGUGCGGUGGGCGUGGUGUGGGGGCGACUCUGGCGAACAGGCACGAAGCAGGCUGAGGGGCUCUCUGGCUCCACUCCUCCCAUUGAGGGGGGGAACCCAUGAAACCUCCCUUCAAAGAACUUCCCUCUCUGGUUCCUCUUGGGACUGAGAGGUGGCCCCAGAAGUCAGGAUGUCCCAGAGGCUUAUGGGUCCAUCUGUGCCAGGGCACUCCUCUGAGAUGCCUGUGGGUGCUCCUGUGGGAUGCCUCCCCCUCAAAUGAAAUCCUCACUCCACACUCUUGGUAACCUCAGCUGCUUCAUAGAUACCCCAUUUCAGGCAUUUCAGGGCUCCUGUGCACAGGUGACCAGUUCAGGGAUACUGGGAAAGCACAGAUCUAAUGGGCUGGCCUUCUCUCUCAGACCAGUAGGAGGAAAAUAACCAUUUCAACCAGGCAGGAAGAGGCCUGGUCGUGGGCUGAGAGACCACCCUGUGAGAGGUGAGGGCUAAAAAGUUUCACAUCUAACUACAGCAUACACUGGGAAUUUGAGGGGCAGGGGACCCAGGACCAUACCCUCAAUAUGAAGGGAAACUCUUUUGAAUGUGAAUGUGGGCGCAUUCUCCAGGAACCACUGGCCUGUGACCUCUAAACCCAAGGAGGCCUGUUCGUUCCAGGCAUCCAGCUGACCUCGUUCACCCAGGGGUCACAGCAGUCAUAGGAGGCAGGCAUGAUGAAGCUUUGUGGGCGCAGGUGAGAUUCAGGGUGGGAAGACAGGACCCACCCAGGCAGAAGGCAGGGCCCUGGGAAAUGUGUAAUUUAAGGACACCAACAAUAAUAAUAGUAUUAUUUUUUUUGUAAAGGAAAAUCAAUAUGUACAUUCUGAAAUCAUUUUCUCUGUAAAUGGUUGAAUUUCAUUUCACCCUUAAAGGGAUGCUUAAAGGAGAAGAUAAUAUUAAUAAUAAAAACAGCUGCGAAGUCUGGA